AUGAGUGAUGCAUAUUGCAAUGGCAUCGGCGGUGUAUUAUCGGCGAGUAUCCCAUGCAUCGACGAAACACCUCAUGCACCGCUCGCAGACGCGAUUGAAAUUGAUGAAUUAUCAUUCGAUAUUAUUCCCCUUAGAAAUGGAUUCAUCCAGAAAAUUAGUCCAGCAUUGAACGCACCCGAAGAACCGAAUGAUAGUGGAAGUGAUGAAGGAAUGGAAGGAGACAAUGGAACAGAUGAAGAAGAAAACGAAGACUUUGAUUUGAACGAAGACGGGAUUUCGGAUGAUGAUGAAGGGAACCAUGAUGAGGACGAAUAUCCAGAGCUAUCGCGAAAUGAUGGUGAUGCAGCCGUCGAAGGAGAUAGUUAUGAUUUUGCGGUUAUGGACACUGAAAAAGAUACUAAUGAAGGUGCCAGGAAGAGAAAGUCUGUCAGCAGUCGCGUUGCUUUUAAUAAACACAUUUUGAAGCAUCAGUCAUGUAAGGAUGCCAUAGUGUUGGCACCGGGAGUGGAAAAUCGUUUUUGCUCUCCCGUCUCAUCUCCGCAACUUCUUUGCAAGAACGGACGAGGUACACGUGCCGGCCUUUGUGUGUACAUAUUACUAAUGACCGCAUCAAAAUUCUACAAAUGA